GGACCGCACACCCAUUACCGUCAACGACUAUGGCAACAUUGCUCUGCGAAUCUUGCGAUAAUCUCUUUACCCGAGAAUCAAGUUUCACUAUACAAAAGAUGAACGAAUAUUUCUCGCUUUACCCAAGCAACCGCACCGCGCCAGAUGAGGACAUUCCAAAGCUCGAAAUGUAUCUUCGCCAGGCGAAGGGCGAAAUAAAAGCCUAUGAUACUGAAAUCGAGAGGAUUGAAGGGGUGUUGGAAGAGCUGAAGAACAGGAGAGUUAUCUUAUUCCAGGCGAGCGCUAGAAUGAGCGGAAUGGUUCGAUCAUCUAUUCGAAAACUUCCAUUGGAGAUUUUGCUGAGCAUCUUCCACAUUUAUUGUGAAAAUGCUGACCUCCCUAUCCGUUCGAUCCCCAUGAACCAUCCAGCACUCAUUUUGGGUGUUGUAUGUUCGCAGUGGCGGACAAUCGUGCACUCGAUGCCUAUAUUUUGGUCAAAAAUACGGACGCAUUAUCUGUUCAUUCACGGCACUCCAGGUUAUAUCGAUUAUCCUGUUCAAACGCGUCGCAUUGCCAGGUUUAUUCUAGAGAAAUCUAAGGCACUCCCACUCGACAUCUCACUCCGCUCUUAUUCAUCCAGAGAGGACGCGUUUGUCGAGUUAGCCAAGCAAAGUCGACGAUGGAAGACUCUAGAACUUGAAACUUUUACGGAUUUUACCUACUUCCCCGUUUCUUUCCCCAACCUCGAGACGUUGUCUCUUCGUGGACGAUGCUGGGACUGGAAUGGAACCUUACCCGCUAAAGUUUCCACCCCUUCUUUACGCAAACUCGUAUCGACAGGCGAAAAUUUGGUUAUCGGAACACACCUUGAUACACACUCUUUGGAGAAACUUGUGGUCAUGAAUAAGGUGGAUUUCACCUCGUUCAGCAAUGUCCUACGCCUCUCCCCUAGUCUCUUCUCGCUGGAAUUAUCUAAAAUAACCUUCCAUCGCUUACCAGCGAAUAAUCAUUUUUCAAUAUCCAUCCCCAUCACUGUUCUGCAGAUUUCACGAUUAGUCUCAUGUGGUGCUGACCCUAAUCGGCGCUUUUUUGUUUUCUUCAAAACUAUCGCGAUGCCACGGUUACGAACCCUCUCAAUCUCUGCUGACAGGCCAUAUAUAGCGGGAUUUGGCUACGAAAUGGCCUCAGCCUUUCGCCGAUUCCUGACUAGCGCACUACCACCACUUACCUCGUUCAGUCUUUCACGAGUCAAGUUGCAAGACUUUGACGAUUUGUUCACUAUUCUACGUGCGCUCUCAGGAACCCUGUCACACUUACGCCUCUUUAAUUGUGACGCUGCUGAUAGCAGAUGGGAUGAAUUCGUUCGUUUUUUGAUACUCCCCAGCCAAGUUCUGGUCAACCUAGAGGAAUUGGAAUUUGACUACCUUCGGUGGACGCAAGAGUCAGACCUGCUGUUCUUUGAAAUGGUUAGAUCGAGGUGGAUGGCUAUAGAACCCACAAAAAGAUUAUCCUCUCUUCGGGUUCUAUGUCAGAGAGUAGAUGUUGAUACGCUUCGCCUGGGUCUGAGGCCGUUCUCUGACGACGGCCUACGGGUUCAUAUCGCUCUGUCAGAGUCUUCCGACACUCCUCACGAGAUAUGGACCCUGUAACAGGUUAGAACACUCAUGAUCAAUGACAUGUGGUAGCACUCUAUGCAAGACUUGGAAAUAUGACUUGAAUGGAGAAUAUGUACAAUUGAUUAUCCUAUUUAUCCCAUUACAUGUACAUGUAAAGUAGAAAUGUCUGUAUAUUUACUGUUGGGUGCUGUACCGCCAUUCCCUAACCGCCCGAGAGUGAUAUGCGAACAUCAUCUGCACAUGGUCGGUUUGUUGAGCUACUGGCGUUGUAUUUUGUCUCUCCACCUGUUGAACUUCAACCGAACCCCUCUGUCGCGCUUCCCGUCUCCGCUGUAGCUCUUCCGCCUCUUUCCGUCGAAGUUCCUCCACUUUCUGCCUGAUCUUCUCUUCCCGUAACCGUCUCUCCUCCUCUUUCCGCCGUUCUUUCUCGAACUGCCGCUGAUAUUCCUCUCCUAUCCGCCGUAACUCGUCCUCUCGUUUCCGUUGUUCUUCUUCCUGCCGACGAGCCUUCUCUAGCGCACGCAUCCUCCGGGCUUCUUCAUCGCGUUGACGAAGCUCUUGUACGCGUCGUGCCACCUCUUGUUCCCAUCUUUCCUUCUCCUGCUUCCGCCGUUCCUUCUUCUCCUCCAACAAACGAACCAAUCGAUCUUCUUCACUCUCCAUCUCUGUGUUCCCCACAGUCUCCGUCUCCGUUGAUGUGGAAGCUUCUGGUAGCUUCGUAGAGGAGCUCGAGCCAGCUUCAGGUGCCUCCAAACUCAAAACAGGACUAGUAGCACCCUCAUCUUCCACCUCCAACUGUUCAACCUGAACCUGAUCAGAGCCCAGUGCGGAACUGAUGCUGAUUUCAUCUCGACCUGGAUCCGAAUUCACCAUCUGCCCCCUCUCUUGAUCCACCUUCAUCACCGGAACGAGUUCAUCCUCGUUGACUUGGGGGACAGGUUUUCGCUGUACAAGUACUUUUUGGUUUCUGAUAGUUUGAGAAAAGAGAUAGGGAGAAAAAAGCGUGUUAACACCUCUUAGAUUAGUUUGUAGUAGCCCACCAAUAGAAACAAAAACCCACGUUCACCUUGGAGUUGAAGGUCUAGUUCUAGUUCCACUGUCACUGCCAAUUUCCAUCCGGAUGGGUUUGCCAGCUGUUUUUCGGGGGCGAUGGGGAGGUUUGGGUUUUUUAAAUGGGCUGCGGUCAACGGUUUGUUUACGUUCUAGGACACGCGUCAGGUCGGAUCCUUGAGUAAGGAGAAGACGGUGACUUUCAUCAGGCGGGAAAAAGGAAGAACGAAAAGAAGAAUAGGUUAUGUACAGGGUCGUGAUGACCGUGAGUCCAUG